AUGGCCCAUCGACCCGCAGUCUAUUAUACAGUUGACCCUUCCACCAAUCCCAGUUCAUGGUCCCCGCCAGCUCCAGGCUUUGGCACAGUUAUCAACAGAGUCGACGUCGUCUUCAUCAACAUCAACGCAGACUCCAACUUCACCAUCCUUCGAACGGGCACCAACGAACAUGUUCACCAUGCGGUAACCCAGGUGACGAAGCGUAUAGCUCGUGGCCUUUAUCGAAUUAUCAGUAUGAACGUCAGUGAAUACUCAUGCGUGGUGGUCAUGUCUACCGAGAAGUCGAAAGAGGAGCUUCUAUUCAGGAAUGGGUUUCCUUGGGACAGGCCAAAUGAUCCUCAGCCAGAUGUUGUUUUGACUUAG